AUGGAUAUGAAAAAAGCGAUUAAGAAAAGAAUAGAAAUUUAACGUAAUAUAUAUAAAUUUAUAUAAGUAAAAUAAAUGAAUAAGCAAAGUUUAUAAGAAUUCAAAGUUAACUUCUGCUAGAAUACUAAAUGUUAAGUAAGAUAAGAUCAUUUUAUGCCAUUAUAACAAAUAAUAUAAUGUCAAUAUUAUCAUAAUAAUAGUGAUAAAAGAAGAAACAGUAAUAAUUAUAAGCCAAUAUACAUAUGUGAUUAGAAUAAUGAAGGGAAUGACUUUUGCAACAAUAUUAUUGAAUAUCUGUAUCAUCCUAGGAUUUAUGGCACUCUGCCAUGCAAAUUUGAAAAGUAAAAAUAAAAAUAAUAAAUAACAUCAGAUCUUAGAAUUGCAAUGUACAACAUUGUCCAUUUAAGCAUGAUGAAAAUCAAAUAAAAUAAGCAUUUCAAUACAAGAUAUUCACAAAAUUAAAUUAGAUCUUAGAGAGCAAAUCAAAGGAGAAUGAUGUAUGAUAUAUAUUAAAAUAUUUAGUUAUUAUUUAAUUCUAAAAAAUACAUUCAACGCAUAGAGAUCAAUUAAUUUGAAGAUUUGAAGCAUGAGUUUAAACAAUUUAAGGAGAUUCGCAUGGAUUUGAUCAUGAAUUACAUUUGCGCUUUUUUGAACUCUUAAGGUGGAAUCUUAUAUAUUGGAAUCACAGACAAAGGGAUAGUUUAAGGCAUUAAAAUGACUAGAAAAUAGAAGGAUGACUUCUAAAUUGAAUUCGACAAUAACCUGAGACAUUUUGAUCCAAUUGUUCUACCAGAGUAAGUUGAAUUAAUGUUUGUACCUAUAUACAAAGAUGAACUAAUAAUGAUAUAGGAUUUAUUUGUUAUUGAGAUAAAAAUUAAUGUUGUAGAUAAAAAAUAAUUAUAUUUCACUAAUUAAAAUGAGGCCUAUAUCAAGAGAAAUGCAACAAUUAAUCAGUUAAAACCAAAAGAAAUAAAGUAAUUAUAUUUAUUGUAUGAAAGAGAUUUAGUACUACUUAAGUUAAUGAGUUGA